GUCAGUCAACUAAACGUCACCCGACUGUCUAGGCCAUCAGCUUUCAUUCAUUCGCUUCCAGUCAUGUUAUGCUCAAUAAUUCACGACAAUUGCUUGCUAAAUCGAUGAACCGCUUUUAGAAUUGUCCGAUAAUUGUCAGUGAUUACGCGAUUUUCACUUUCGUUCCAUUGACUGGCAGAGUCGCUGGAAAAAUCGAAGAAAAACUCGGUUUAUCCUCUUCUUACAAGGAAAAUCUAGGGAAAUCGGUACGCGGCGUCUAAACUUAAAGCGGCCCUCAAAAAAUUACAUGUUAAAUUAUUUUCGGCAAACUACAAACGUAAGAACGGCGACUCUAGAAUUUUUCGGUCACGAAGAAAUCACUUCGGAAAAAUUUUAUAAACUGUACCUGGUGAAAGAUACUAGCUGGCAACGAUGCUGACUUGCAGAUUCUCUCUGUUCCUAUUGGUUAUACUAUUAGCCGUGAUGGCACUGCUGGACCAAUCAGAGGCUCGGAAUGAUUUAUUCCGCGUGUACGAGAAGAGAGAGGAGAGAGGGCGCUACUGCGGUCGCAACCUGGUCGCUGCUUUACAGCUGGUCUGCAAGGGCGUCUACAACACCAUGUUCAACAACAAUAAGAAGUCCGUUAGAGACGAGUCAAGCAUCGAAUACCGCGACGACCGUGAAAACGGGGGUGAUUUGGACUACCCGUUUGAAUCUCGCGCCAAAGCGAUCGCCUUCCUCCCCACCAACUACCGUAAGCGCAUGCGCAGAGGAGUCUACGACGAGUGCUGUCAGAACAGCUGCACCGUGAGUGAGUUGGCCGGAUAUUGUGGCACUAGCAGCUAAGGUCUUCCCUAGCUGCUGUGUUUCGAUCUCAUUGAUUUUUUUGUGUGAUAUUUCCAAUUUCCGUCUCUAUUCAUUUGUGGCCACAUCAUAAGGAACCGAAUGCUUCACUAGGAACGAAUCUCAUCGCAUCUUUUCGUUCAACUCACAAAUCGUCACUCUAUAACAGAAAAUCAUUAUUUAAGUUUAGUGCAAUUGGUUGAAGUAUUUCACAAAUGCUUUAUCACAACAUAAAAUAUGAGAAAUUUUUCCUAUUACAUUACCUAUUAUCAACAGAAAGUAUUUCAGAUCUCUUGAAACACAAGAAUAUAAUGUGGAUCGAUUUAGAGACAUUUCAGAGACUCUUCUAAUUACAUUGACAGAAAGUGUUUCAGAUUUCAUAAAUCUGAACAACAUAAAAUAUUAUAAAUCUUUCCUAUUACAUUAUUAUUGACAUGAAGUAUUUCAGAUCUCUUGAAGCACAAGAAAAUAUAAUGUGAAACCAUUCAGAGAGAUUCUAAAAUUACAUUGACAGAAAGUUUUCAGAUUUCAUAAAGCUGAACAACAUAAAAUAUGAUCAAUUUUUCCUAUCACAUUACAUCUUAUUGACAGAAAGUAUUCCAGAUCUCUUGAAGCACAAGAAUAUAGUGUGGAACCAUUUAGAGAGAUUCUUCAUUUAUUCACAUUGACAGAAAGUAUUUCAUAUUACAUAAAGCUGAACAUAUAAUGUGAAACGAUAUAUGGUUUGGAAUAGUUCCCAUUGAAUUAAAAGGGUGUAUGCAGCCAGAGAGCGGUCAGCGGUCAGAGCGGUCUAAGGAGGAUAUAGAUUAUAGAUAUUUAUGUAAAUAUUUUUAUUCUCUUGAGACAGCCGGAACGUAGAACGCCUGACCGCUGUCAGUGUUCACACACAAUAUCCUUCAUGUUUUCGAGCAGUUAUGAAAAGAUAUCCAACUAGCCUAUUACUGUAUAGUAGUUAUUUCAUAAAUAUAUCCAAUGAAUAAUUAUCCAGCAAAAUAAUACCAUACAGUAAUAAUAUUCCAGCAGUUGCUCAACAUCAAUUUCUGAUAAAUCUUCUAUAAAUUAUCAAAAUAUUUAAAAUAUUCCAGUUCAAUGUGCAGUUUAAUCUGUUAUGAAAGAUUAUUUUCCAAUAUUACUCAACGAUUGGUAACGACACGAAACACAAUAUUAAUCACAGUUUCAUUUUAGAAUAGUUUCUAACUCUUGAAAACGACAUGAAACACAAUAAUUAAUCACAGUACCAUUUCAGAAUAGUUUCUAACUCUUAGAAACGACAUGAAACACAAUAAUUAAUCACAGUACCAUUUCAGAAUAGUUUUAGAAUAUUCUCAUUUAAUAUCUAUUAAUUUUAGAAUGACAUGCUCUCCUGAAUAUACCUCUACUUCUUCGUCUUGAGCUACCCUAAUCAAAUGAACGUCCAUUAUGAAAUAAUUAAUUAAUAAAGUGUUAUUGCAGUAGAAGAAGAAAAAUCAACUGCAUUACAAUAUCAAACAAUAACUAAUGAAAACAGCAAAUAGUAGACACAGAAAAGAAUGAAUACAACGAAUAGAAGAAAUAUUUGGUUACAAGAAAUGCAUAUAGAAAUAUCACUAAUAAACUGCGUUUCCACCAAAGUUAACAAAAUGUUUGUUUCUACGUCUUUUAGAUUCUAUUAGAUUGAACAUAACUUAUCAUACACAUAUGAUAAUAUAGUUUGUGAAUUAAGUUAUCAUUUACAUAACCUCUAGACAGUGUAUUCCAAAUUAAAGUUUAGAGCAGUUCUGGGCGAAAGCCUCUUGUUUUUAGCAGCAUUGUAUCUAUUGUCUAUGAAUAAAUAAAUAAAUGAUUAACAUUUAUGUGUUUUUCAAGUUCUGUUCAAUCAAAUAGAAUCUAUAAGCACGAAAAAAUAAACAUUUUUUUAAUAACUUUGGUGUAAACGCAGCUUAAGUCACAAUAGAUAGUCACAUAAUAAUCCGUUGGUAUGCUUAUUGAAUUAUUGUAUCAAUUAUUAUGAUCAUUUAUUGUGAUCAUUUCCAACAAUAUUAUAUUAUCAAAUAAGUGACUGCUAGGGAAUCAAUUAAACAACGAGUUUUGAAAGGAAAACUCAUCAAUUCUUGUGGAAGAUACAGUAAUUUUAAAAAUAAUAUUAUUUUUUU